AUGGAAAUUCUAAAAUAUUUUAAUACAACAAAGAAUUAUGAUAAAGAAAAUGACAUCAAUCUGGAAACAAUUAGUUCAUUCAGUAGACAACAAAAUAGUUCAAUAAAAAUAGUUUAUGCAACUGUUUCACCUGAAUCAGUUGUUGUUCCCAUCGUCAGCUGCAUUUUUGCCUUUCCUUUCAUUGCUUUGCUAGCUUUAUUAUUUUUGAGAAAAUGUUCCAAAGCUUGUAGACGCUUUUCAUCAAGAAAUGAAAAUUAUCAAGAUCAAAAUGAAGAUUCCAUUCAUUUCAAUCGGAUUCAUAGACACACCACUAGAAAACCAAUCUACCUUUACUCGUGCAACUUAUCCCGAGAAAUAUCAUCAAAAGAUUUAGAAACAGUGAUUGAGGAGAGCAGUGAACAAGAACUGGCGGAUUUGAGGCAAACCUUUAACCUUGAAUGAACAUUUACAAUUAAAGUGCUGAUUUAUAAACAAUUUUUAAUGACGAAAAUUGUGUCCAUAAUCAUUUUUAACAUUAGAACGAGCAUUAGAAUGUUAUAAAAGUUAAGACAGAUGCUCGCAGUUUUUUAGAAUUAAAAGAAAUGCCAAACUUUUGAAAC